GUUAAAAUAAGGACUAUAUUUUGUCUUGGGAAUCUCUCUUCUCUUCUCUUCCACUCUGCUCUCAAAACAAGUAAAAAUUGAAGAGAAAUUUGCAAAUGGAGGGGAGUAUUAGAUGCUCAGCAAAUUACGUGCCAUUGAGUCCAAUAAGCUUUUUGGAAAGAUCAGGAGUGGUAUACGGCAACAGAAUCUCUAUUGUUUAUGGGGAUCUUAAGUUUACUUGGGCGGACACAAGACGAAGGUGUAUCAAUCUCGCUUCUGCUCUUUCCCAACUUGGGAUUUCUCGUGCCGAUGUCGUUGCUGUCUUGGCUCCAAAUAUUCCUGCUAUAUAUGAGCUACACUUUGCGGUACCUAUGGCUGGGGCUGUUCUUUGUACUCUUAAUGUUCGUCAUGAUUCAGCAAUGAUCUCGGUUUUACUUAAACAUUCCAAGGCAAAAGUCAUAUUUGUAGAUUACCAGUUCCUGGAUGUUGCUAAUGGGGCAUUACAGAUUCUUUCAAAGGAAAAUAUUAAAUUGCCUCAUCUAGUCCUAAUCCCCGACUGUGACAAACACCUAUCGAAUUCUCAUAGUAUGGAGUACGAUCCCUUUUUAGCUACGGGAAGGCCUAAUUUUGAGAUAGUAUGGCCAAGUGAUGAGUGGGAUCCUAUUGCCCUGAAUUAUACUUCAGGUACAACGUCGAGUCCAAAGGGAGUCGUCUACAGUCAUAGAGGAGCAUAUCUUAAUUCUCUGUCAGCUGUUCUUCUCAAUGAAAUGCCUACAAUGCCUGUAUACUUAUGGACUGUUCCGAUGUUUCAUUGCAACGGAUGGUGUCUUACAUGGGGCGUGGCAGCACAGGGUGGCACAAAUAUUUGUCUUAGGAAUGUUUCCGCUGAAGGAAUUUUUACAAGUAUAGAUAGGCACCAAGUGAGUCACAUGGGUGGUGCGCCUACAGUUUUAAACAUGAUAAUAAACACACCUCCUAGUAUCCGUAGGCCACUUCCGAGGAAAGUAGCAGUGAUGACAGGCGGUGCCCCACCUCCUCCUCAAGUGUUAUUUAUGAUGGAGGAGCUUGGUUUUGAUGUUACUCACUCAUAUGGUCUAACGGAAACGUAUGGUCCUGGAACGGUUUGCACUUGGAAACCUGAAUGGACCUCUCUGUCACGUGAUGAGCAGGCGAAGAUCAAGGCUCGUCAGGGAUUGCAUCAUAUUGGUAUGGAGGAAGUAGAUGUGAAGGAUCCAGCUUCAAUGAAGAGCGUAUUACCCGAUGCAAAAACAAUGGGCGAGGUAAUGUUUAGAGGAAACACUGUAAUGAAUGGGUACUUGAAGAAUGCCAAAGCAACGGAAGAUGCUUUUAAAGGGGGUUGGUUUCGAACUGGGGACUUGGCUGUGAAGCAUCCAGAUGGUUACAUCGAAUUGAAGGAUCGUGCAAAGGACAUCAUUAUUUCCGGUGGAGAAAACAUUAGCACAAUUGAGGUGGAGUCAGUAAUAUUCGGCCAUCCAGCUGUUCUCGACGCUGCUGUCGUAGGAAGACCAGAUGAUUACUGGGGUGAGACACCUUGUGCCUUUGUGAAACUAAAGGACGGUAACAAUGCAACUACGGAUGAAAUCAUCAAGUAUUGUCGUGAUCGUUUACCACAUUACAUGGCUCCUAAAACAGUAAUUUUCGACGAUUUGCCCAAAACAUCUACAGGAAAGACACAGAAAUUUGUUUUGAGACUGAAGGCCAAAGCCAUGGGGACUAUUUUAAAGCCGGCCAGCAAACUAUAAUUCGUAAUUUACUGAUAAAGUUUGGCAGGCUUUAUUAUAUUCAAGCUGAGGCUUGAUCGGAAACAACCUCUCUAUUUCUACGAGGUAGAGGCAUGAUUUGUGUACACUCUACCCUUUCCAUACUUUACUGGGUGAUUGCAUUGGGUAUGUUGUUGUCGUUGUUGUGGAACGAUUGAUAAUUAUGGCCUAAAUGAGAAAUGGUGGCCUCUGUUUGACUUUAUUGAAUCACAUUUAUGUUCUGGGAAUUCCUCUCUAGUGUAUAUGCUCAUUUACAAAUUCCACAGCAAAUUUAAGCUGCACAA